CAGUCCCGGGGCUGCAGGGAGCGCAGCGCGCGCGGCCCGGGCCCCGGCCACCGGACACCCUACCGGACACGACCCUCCCUGGAGCUUGGACAACUGCCCACCUCGGACAUUGCACCGGACACUGCCCCCCACAGGGCUGGACACUACAACGGACACUACUUCCCAGCUCCGGACAUUGCUCCCCCCCACCCAGCCUUGGACGCUUUCCCCCUCCCCCUCCGGGGGCCCAGACACCGAGCCCCCCGCAGGCUCUAGCAAGCGACCCCUUGCAGCCCAGCGCCAGACACUGCCUCCUCCUAGUCCCCCUCUCCCUUCCCCUCCUCCCGCCGCAUCAUUCCCCCGCUGGGGUCGGAGCCCCGCCAGUUUCUCCGACCCCCUGCAGCUCGGCCCGGCUGCCCGCGCCCCCAUCCCCCGGCUGCUCGCCCGGAUGCCUCUCCCCGGGGGAUUGUGGUGGCUCCUCUGCUGCCGUCGAGGCUUUACUCUUCUGCACCGGGACUACGGGGACGGCGAGCUUAGCGGGGACGGGGACGAGGACGAGGACGAGGAGACCUUUGAGCUGCGGACCCCGAGUCCAGCGGGCGGCGGGAGGGGCCCCCUGGACGUGACGCUGACUCAGCCGGUGAGGAGUGCGCAGGUCUCAGACAGGCUGCAGAGCUGGGAGGAGACGCGGAGCCUCAUCCCGGAGAAGGGGCCGCCCGAGGAGGACCCAGACGUCGUCGUGAAAGGUUGGCUGUACGGAGAGCCCCGCGGAGGAGGGGCUCGGCCCUGGUUGCCCCCGCGCCGGGCCUGGUUCGUGCUCACCCGGGACUCUCUGGACCAAUUCAGUAGCAGCGGGAAGGGGGCGCGGCGCCUCCGGAGCCUCGUGCUCACCAGCUUGUGCUCGGUGACCGGCCCGGAGCGCCGUCCCAAGGAGACCGGUCUGUGGUCAGUCACCGUGUCUGGCCGGAAGCACAGCGUCCGGCUCUGCUCCCCGCGCCAGGCAGAGGCGGAACGCUGGGGUCUGGCGCUGCGAGAAGUGAUCGCCUCCAAGGCGCCCCUGGAGACCCCUACCCAGCUGCUGCUGAGGGACAUUCAGGAGAGUUGUGGGGACCCAGAAGCCGUGGCCCUUAUUUACCGACGGAAUCCAAUCCUGAGGCACACCAGUGGGGCCUUGUAUGCUCCACUCCUGCCCCUGCCGUAUGGGGUCAGCGCCCCAGGUCCGGGCUACGCACCCUUGCGCGAGGAGGCGGUGCGGCUGUUCCUGGCGCUGCAGGCGCUGGAGGGGGCGCGGCGCCCCGGGCCCCUGAUGCAGGGUGUGCUCCAAACCUGCCGGGACCUGCCCGCGCUCCGCGACGAGCUCUUCCUGCAGCUGGCUAAGCAGACCUCGGGCCCCGCAGGCCCUCCCGGGCCCCCAGCUACCCAAGACCCUGCGGCCCUUCGGUACUGGCAGCUCCUCACCUGUAUGAGCUGCACCUUCCGGCCGGGGGGAGCAGUCCGCGGGCACCUUCUGGGGCAUCUGGAGAGGACGGAGCAGGCGCUCCCGGACACGGAACUGGCGGAGUACGCGCGCUUCAUCAGGAAAGCGCUGGGCCGGACGCGCGGCCGCGAGCUGGUGCCUUCGCUGGCAGAGAUUUCGGCGCUGAGCCAACGGCAGGAGCUCUUAUGCACCGUGCACUGUCCCGGGGCUGGUGCCUGUCCUGUGGUCAUAGACUCCCACACCACGGCGGGCGAGGUUGCUCGAGAGCUGGUGGGACGGCUGGGCUUGGCUCGGAGCCGCAACGCUUUCGCGCUGUAUGAGCAGCGAGGGGCCCAGGAGCGAGCCCUGGCCGGGGGUACUCUCGUGGCCGACGUGCUCACCAGGUUUGAGAAUUUGGCGGUGGAGGAAGCCGGGCUGGACGACUCCCUGGACUCUGGUUGGAGACUGUGUCUGCGUCUUCACGGGCCCCUGCACCCUGAGGGGCUGUCCCCAGACGGUCACGAACUGCCUUUCCUCUUUGAGCAGGCUCACGCUCUGCUACUGCGCGGCCGGCCGCCCCCGCCCGACGACACGCUGCGCGCCCUGGCGGCGCUGCGUCUGCAGAGCCUGCACCGAGACUUCUCCCCGAGGGCGCCCCUGCCGCGCCUGGACCGCCUGCUGCCGCCCUCCGCCCCGCCGCGGGACGACCCUCCCCGCCCCGUCCCCCGGCCUCCCCCCUCCGCCGCCCUGCUGGCCGGGGCGAUCUGGAGCCCGGGCCUGGCCAAGAGGCGGGCGGAGCGGACCCGGCGCGGCGGCGGGGCAGGCGGCCCGGCGGGAAGCGCGGCCCGCGAGGGAGGAGGUGGCGCGGGCACGGCGGCUGCUGUGCUGGGCGGCUGGAAGCGGCUACGGGGCAUGGGCCGAGCUGAGGCCAUGGCUGCCUACCUGGCCCUGGCGGCGCAGUGUCCAGGGUUCGGCGCUGCUCGGUAUGACGUUCUGGAGCUGAGCACGGAGCCUGGUGGGGGCACUCCACAGAAGCUAUGCCUGGGCUUGGGAGCCAAGGCCAUGUCCUUCUCCCGGCCGGGUGAGACAGAGCCCAUCCACAGUGUCAGCUAUGGCCACGUGGCCGCCUGCCAGCUAAUGGGCCCCCACACCCUAGCACUGAGGGUGGGAGAGAGCCAGCUCGUCCUGCAGAGUCCCCAGGUGGAAGAGAUCAUGCAGCUGGUGAAUGCCUACUUGCCCAAUCCCUCCCCUGAGAGGCCUUGCAGCAGCCCUUCUCCUCCAUGCCAAGACCUGCCAGACACCUCCCCUCCCAGCCAGCACCCGGGCCUGGACGAGCCCCAGGGACAGUCUGGCUGUUUGGGGCAGCUGCAGGACUGAGCCUGCCAAGAGGUCACGACCUCCCUUCUGCCUCCAGCCUGGACCUGGACUGCUCUGAGAUUUGAGGGAACCAUGGACCUUUUUGGCCCUGCAGGGACAGGGCACACCCCACACCCAAGGGCUGUAAUGGGUGCCGAUGAUUUUCUAGUUUGUUUCUUAAUUUAUUUGUAGAAGAGAAGCGAAAAAAAAUCCAUAUUUACACAAACCCUUCCUGUGGGAGUGUUGUCGGUGGGACCAGUUAGAGCCCCAUAGCUCAGCGCUCCACCCCUGGGGACGCCCACACUCUGAGCUUUUACCAGCACUGAGGGGAGUCUGGACACCACAGAGCUCCACCCUCCUUGACCUUCUGGAUUUAACCUCCUCCUAGCCAGCAGGCUGCCACAGGGUGCUGGGUGGGGCAGGGAACAGGGCAGUUUGGGAAGCUGGCAAUUACUCACACUCACUUCUCCAUUGAGCAGCACAGGGGUGGCCUCCUGGCGUCCCUGAGGCCGGAAGGCAGUGAGUCAUCAAGACUGGCACUACCCAGUUCCUACCCCAGUGUCCAGCAUCUGGGCCCUCGUUGGGUCCAUGUCGGUGUGCCUACUGCUUUGGGUCUGGAAUGGAGAGAAGCUUGGGAAUGGAUCAGACCCAAGAGCUUCUCUGGCACAGAUAAACACCUUAUCAGGAUGGGCUCAGCCCUACUCCUGAGUUCUGUUCCUGCUUUAUCAAGCUAGGUUGAAUUGGGUUGCGUUCCUAGGGAUCUGAUAGCCUUGGGCGCUGGGAAUCCAGAGUCCCAGGUUUCCCGACCUGCUCAGUAUGCUGCAGGCCCUCC